AUGCGCACCUCAAGGCUCUACACGUUGGUCCUGGUGCUGCAGCCUCAGCGAGUCCUCCUGGGCAUGAAGAAACGAGGCUUCGGGGCCGGACGGUGGAACGGCUUCGGGGGCAAAGUUCAAGAAGGAGAGACCGUCGAGGAUGGGGCCAAGAGGGAGCUGCAGGAGGAGAGUGGUCUGACCGUGGACACGCUGCACAAGGUGGGCCAGAUCACGUUUGAGUUCACAGGUGACCCCGAGCUGAUGGACGUGCACGUCUUCUACACGGACAGCGUCCGGGGCACGCCCGUGGAGAGCGAUGAGAUGCGCCCGCAGUGGUUCCGGCUGGACCAGAUCCCCUUCAGGGACAUGUGGCCGGACGACAGCUACUGGUUCCCGCUGCUGCUUCAGAGGAAGAAGUUCCGUGGCUACUUCAGGUUCCAGGGGCAGGAGACCAUCCUGGACUACACACUCCGUGAGGUGGACGCCGUCUAG